CAGUGCACAGACAGAAUUAGCACGCCAACGGUGCUGUCCCCUUUUACCCGGGCUCGCUCUGCGCUGCUCAUAUCGGCUGAAUGGCAGCAGCGCUAGCUCCCGCAGGGGAAAUGAGCCCAGCAGCUCGGACCCAACAUCCAGCAGCCCGGUCGGCGGCCCGGCCUCGAUGUGUAGGGCAACAUCCGCAUAACGUUACUUGCCAAGGGCCCGAGCCCUGCGUCGCCGGGGCCAGCGUCGCAUCCCGCCAGGACCAAGGUCGCACUGGCGACGACAGCAACAUCCGGGUCUGGUCUGCUGUGGUAACAGUGGUGGGCACGAUGCAGGUGCAUUUGCUGGGGAUGAUGGCAUUGCGGACCGCGGGCCUGCGCGCGCCGCCUGGCUCUGAUAAAUAGAGCUGCCCGUCGCCCGCCGAUCCGCACCGCUGCACCCCGUCUGCACCCUGUCACCGUGAUCACCGCCUGCCGCUCGUUUCGUUUCCGGCUGCCUCCACGAUGCAUCUCGCCUCCGCGUUGCUCUUCCUCGCCUCGCUGCCCCUCGGGCUGGCGGGCAAGGACAAGGGCAAGCCGUGCAAGAAGGGCCUCAACACGCUCGCCAAGCAGGCCGGCCUCAAGUACUUCGGCUCGGCCACCGACUCGCCGGGCUUCCGCGAGCGCGCCGGCUACGAGGCCGUGUACCCGCAGUACGACCAGAUCAUGUGGAAGUCGGGCGAGUUCCACAUGACGACGCCCACCAACGGCAUGAAGUGGGUCUUCACCGAGCCGGAGCGCGGCGUGUUCAACUUCACCGAGGGCGAGAUCGUGGCGUCGCUCGCCAAGCAGAACGGCUUCAUGCUGCGCUGCCACGCGCUCGUCUGGCACAGCCAGCUCCCCGACUGGGUCACGGCGACCAACUGGACCGCCGCUGAACUGCGCCAGAUCAUCGUCAACCACAUCACCCACGUGGUCGGCCAUUGGAAGGGCCAGUGCUAUGCCUGGGACGUCGUUAACGAGGCGCUCAACGAGGACGGCACCUACCGCGACUCCAUCUUCUACCAGGUGCUCGGCGAGGAGUACAUCAAGCUGGCCUUUGAGACUGCCUCCAAGAUUGACCCGCAUGCCAAGCUGUACUACAACGACUACAACCUCGAGUAUCCCGGCCCCAAGGUCACCGGCGCCCAGAACAUCGUCAAGAUGCUCAAGACCGCUGGCAUCCGCAUCGACGGCGUCGGCCUGCAGUCGCACCUCGUCGCCGAGAGCCACCCGACGCUCGACCAGCACAUCGACGCCAUCCGGUCCUUCUCCAGCCUCGGCGUCGAGGUCGCCCUGACCGAGCUCGACGUCCGCCUGACGCUGCCCGCCAACGCGACGAACCUGGCCGAGCAGAACGACGCCUACAAGAACAUCGUCGGCGCCUGCGUCCAGGUCCGCGGCUGCAUCGGCGUCACCAUCUGGGACUUCUACGACCCCUUCAGCUGGGUCCCCGCCACCUUCCCCGGCCAGGGCGCGCCGCUGCUGUGGUUCGAGAACUUCACCACCCACCCGGCGUACCACGGCGUCGCCGAGGCCCUGACGAACAAGACCACCCGCGGCCGGGCCCGGCGCGCCCAGCUGCGGAGCGCCUAAGUAAGGCGAGGCAGUAGAGCCGUGGCUUCUCUUCUUGUCCAUAGUAAAAAUACCCUACGGUGGCUGUCUGCCCUGCCUCCGUAAGUCUGAAGCGAAGCUUUACGCCCUGGUAAUUUACAGAGAAAUCGACACUGUGAGAAUCGCGCUAAGUCACAUGAUUUGAGCCUCUCGACCAAUCGCUCCUCGAAAAACUCUGUCGAAAAAGCCCAGUAACUGAAGCGAAGCUUAGCUUCGCCCGUCAGUGCACACACUGUGUGUAUGUAACACUUUCCGGAGCUCAUCUUGAAGCUUCGCUUUAAUAAUCUUUAAUUCAUUGCGCCUACGCGUUUCCUCAGGGGCGCUUAAUGGAUGUCCCGCCGUG